UUAAACCAGAAAAAAAAAAUUAAACCCUACCAAACACUCCCUUAACCGACCGAAACGGCAAAAGCCCUCCACUCUUUCAAGUUCCACCCUUCUCCAUUUCUCUCUCGCGUCAUUGUGCACUGUUCUACGAAGUGGAGUUUAGAUCUGUUUGAAAUUUCGUGUUUGAGCUUCUUCGUUGAAUCUCCCAAACAUUUUCAACGAAUUUGGGUUCUGAUCCGUUCUCCGUUAGUUUCUUUUUUUACUCAGAAUUGCAUCUGCAAAAAAAGAGAAAAAAAAUCGGAACUUUUCAUUUUUCAAUUUCUUCUGUUUUUUUUUCUUGCGGUUCAUGUUCUAAUCUAAAUUCCUUCAUGAUUUGCUGAAUUGGUUUGAUCCCCAUUAUUGUUGCUUGAAAUUGUAUCGAUUUGUUUGUUAAAUCCAAACUUGCGUGUUUUCCGGGUGGUGUAUUGAGUUCUUUUAGUACUAUAACCGAUGGAUUCUCGGAACCCGAACGGAUCUUUGCCGCAGCUAUCACAACCUCCGAAGUACGGAAUCACGAAACCGAUUUCCCUCGCGGGGCCAAGUGAGGCUGAUGUUCAGCGGAAUACGGAAUUAGAAAAGUUUUUGAUAGAGUCAGGGCUUUACGAGAGCAAAGAAGAAGCCGCGAAAAGAGAGGAGGUUCUUGGCCGUAUCACUGAGAUUGUAAAAAUAUGGGUAAAGCAAUUAACUCGUCAAAGGGGCUAUACUGAUCAGAUGGUGGAGGAAGCAAAGGCUGUCAUUUUUACUUUUGGAUCUUACCGUUUAGGGGUACAUGGACCUGGGGCUGAUAUUGACACUUUGUGUGUUGGGCCUUCUUACGUGAAUCGAGAGGAAGACUUCUUCAUCAUUUUGCAUGAUAUUCUGGCUGAAAUGGAAGAAGUAACUGAACUCCAGCCGGUUCCAGAUGCUCAUGUCCCAGUAAUGAAAUUUAAGUUCCAAGGGAUUUCGAUUGAUCUUCUUUAUGCUAGUAUAUCUCUUUUGGUUGUUCCAGAUGACCUUGACAUCUCAUGUGUGUCUGUGCUUCAUAAUGUUGAUGAGCAAAGCGUUCGAAGUCUUAAUGGGUGCAGGGUUGCUGAUCAAAUCCUUAAACUUGUUCCAAAUAUUGAGCACUUCCGCACAGCACUUAGAUGUUUGAAGUUUUGGGCCAAAAGGCGUGGUGUUUAUUCCAAUGUUACUGGAUUUCUAGGAGGUGUAAAUUGGGCUCUUCUUGUCGCACGCAUCUGCCAGCUUUAUCCCAAUGCAAUACCUAGUAUGCUGCUUUCUCGAUUUUUUAGAGUAUAUACUCAGUGGAGGUGGCCCAACCCAGUUAUGUUAUGUUCGAUAGAAGAGGAUGAACUUGGCUUUCCUGUCUGGGAUCCUCGGAAGAAUCCUCGGGACCGGUUUCAUCAUAUGCCAAUAAUAACUCCUGCAUACCCUUGCAUGAAUUCUAGUUACAAUGUCUCUGUAAGCACCCUUCGUGUUAUAAUGGAACAGUUCCAAUGUGGUAAUGGAAUAUGUGAGGAGAUUGAGCUAAACAAAGCUCAAUGGAAUACUUUGUUUGAACGAUAUCUUUUCUUUGAGGCAUACAAAAACUAUCUACAAGUUGACAUUGUUUCAGCAGAUGCUGAUGACUUGCUGGCUUGGAAAGGCUGGACGGAGUCGCGGCUUAGACUGCUUACCUUAAAGAUAGAGCGGGACACAAAUGGAAUGUUGCAGUGUCAUCCUUACCCAAAUGAGUAUGUAGAUAAAUCCAAGCUGUUCCCACAUUGUUCUUUCUUCAUGGGCUUGCAAAGGAAAGAGGGAGUGAAUGGUCAAGAAGGUCAACAAUUUGACAUACGUGGAACAGUCGAUGAGUUCAGACAAGAGAUAAGCAUGUACAUGUAUUGGAAACCAGGAAUGGAUAUUUAUGUUUCUCAUGUUCGUAGAAGGCAGCUCCCUGCCUUUGUUUUCCCUGAUGGAUAUAGACGGCCUCGAACAUUGAGGCAUCCGAGCCAGCAUACUGAAAAAGCUUGUGAAGAUGUCACAAGGUCACAAUCUGGUUCUGCAGAAAGACGAAUUAAGAGAAAACAUGAUGAUGAGGCAGUAGAUGAAAAACUGAGCAAACCUAGAGACUGUAGUACAAGCAACUUUGGAGGAACAUCUCAUAUUAGCAUUGGUCAAGAAGCUAAACUAGAGCACCUAAGAACUGGGGAUGUUGAUAGCAAUUCUGUUGAUAGGCUGUUAGACCGAGAUAAAAGAUACGAGGAGAUUACCAUUCAACAGGCUAGAACUGAUGGUCAGGGGUCCCUCACCACAUGUGGGCUGACUUCUUUACAUGUAGAUAAUUUGUCAAUAGUUAGAAAUGUAGGGUCACGGGAACAGUGAAUGGGUGAACCUGUUAGACAGGAGUUGCUUUCUCCAUCUGAAGUUCCUGAUUCUGAAACAAGGGAAAUAUACAGGCCUGGCUUGAAUGGGAAAACGGGGGAUUUUGCAUCAGCUUACAUGGACAAUGAAGAGAUUGGAUCUUCUAUGUGAAUUUUAAACUGGAAAAGUGGUGAUGUUGGGGUUGAUCAAGAGGUGGUCAAACCAUGUGAUCAAACAGCAGUAGUUGAAACUGCUGAAAGCGUAUGUGGGUCUAGUUCCGAUGUGCAGAACCUCAAUUACGGGCAAGUCAGGGAUCAAUGCAGGCUGCUAUAAUGCGGUACAGAUUUGGAUUCACUUAUGGAAAAUGGACAUCUGAAUGCUGGUGUUGUUUUCCUAAACAGCUUGUCUGAAGGACUAAAGGUCCUGCACCACCAUCAUACGUGCUCUGUUUCCAAUGUUGCAGUUAUGAAGGCUACAAAUUCUCAAGAUGGAGCUAGCAGGUUGAGUUUGAAGUCAAUGGCACUAUGUACUGUGGAUGGUGCAUUGGGAGAAUCUUUGUUUCCAAAGGAUUAAGGCCAGCGUCUUGUAAGUGUUACUCUAUUUGCUGGCUUACAUUAUGGAUUUACAGGUACACUGUAGUGGCAGCAUAUUUGGCCAUACGGAUCCAUUCUUUGCCUGUUCUGUUUAGGCGUAACGUGCUGUGUGGUUUUAGUUUGGAGGAGCAAAGUAACUUUAUGAAUGCUGGUGUGUUUUGAAGACUCGACAAAAUCUCAUUUUUGCAUCACUUGAGCGCUGUGGCACGCUAGCCUCUAUUUAUUGAACAAAUCAUUCAUAUUCCAUCAAGAAAUUGUAAAUUGAAUAGGAGUGUUGCUUGUAUCAUUUAGAUAAAUUUUUGGUAGACUUAUGUAGUCCAGUAUACUUGUAAUACAGUUUCAUCAAUGUUCUCUAAUUAACUUUA